UCCCAACUGCAUGCCUUCAACGACCAUGUCCGACCCGUCAGCAUCGCGCUUUGCGCCGCAGAAUAAAACAACGCAGGAGCGAUUAUCAACUACGACCGUCGGCCUAGUAGCGUUAUCUGACUUUCGCAAGCGACGCGCAGAAGUCCUCGAGCAACAGGGCAGAGAACAAGAUGCCCUCGCCACAGGCACAUCCACACCAGACCGGUCGCAAACAGCCACGCCAGACGUAACAAGUGGCGAUUCUGGAGACGGUGCGCCUCCUUCAGCGCGAGCUGUUAAGAAAAGCAAGAAAAAGACUGCCAAAAAGCUCCUUUCUUUUGACGACGACGGAGAUGAUGGCGAAGGAACCGAUAGCUCCCUAGAUGCCGGCGGCGGUGCGUUAAGCAAGAAGAAGCUCAAAGCGAAUACGUCAGUUGGCAUUGUUCCGAAAUCCAUGACAAAAGCCGCACUAGUCAAAGAAGCUACAGAACGAGAAGCUCUGAGAAAGGAAUUUAUCUCUAUUCAGACGGCAGUCAAGCAGACGGAGAUUGCCAUCCCAUUUGUCUUUUACGAUGGUGCCAGCACCCCUGGCGGUAUGGUACGCAUGACAAAGGGCGACUUUAUAUGGCUUUUCCUCGACAAGAGCCGCCGAGUAGGCGCUGAGCUAGGCGUCGGAGAACAGGCAAACGCGGUUAAAGCUUGGGCACGAGUAGGCGUUGACGACUUGAUGUUGGUGCGGAGAACAAUCAUUAUCCCACACCACUAUGACUUUUACUACUUUUUGAUGAAUAAAUGUCGCGGACCUGGUGGCGAGCUCAUCUUCCCCUACAGCGCUAAUGCGCCAGAAGUCGCUGUCCAACAGCAAAAGGAAGAGUCCGCAGAUGUCCUGUCAACAGCGGCAUCCCGCGCUGCUGCUGCCAAGCCAGUAACGCCAGUAGAGUUGCUUGAAGGAGCAGAUGGAGAUGCCACAGAAACCAAAGUGGUGGAUCGUCGGUGGUAUGAGAAAAAUAAGCAUAUUUACCCAGCCAGCACUUGGCAAGAGUUUGAUGCAGAGAAGGAUUAUAAAUCGGAGGUUCGAAAAGACGCUGGUGGCAACACAUUUUUCUUUUCAAAAUAGACUGGUCAUGGUGGUCGUGUACCAAGCAGCCAGCCAGAUGCGAGUCACCGGUUUUUGUAUAUAAAAAUGGCGUUCUGGUGUAUUGUGUAUCGCUUCAGCGGGAGAUAGAUUUCGAUCAUAUAGAUGUCGUUAUCCUCGAGAAUUAAAAUGACGCAUUUGAUGACUGGUUUUUAAAUGCAAAACUGCCACGCUGCCCACGCCGUGCCACAGAUGACAACCCACCCCGGCCAGAAGAGCAUAAGAAUGAGAGGGUUGCCCAUGCCGAGGAUGAAGAGGGCGAACUCGUAAAAGAGUUUUUGGCGAAGCAUUUGGACUGCUUUGGAGUCCCAGACCCCCGCCACGAUUCUAGUGGACAUGAUGUAGCCGUGAAAGGCGCCAAACUUCAUACGAACAUAGGCAUAAAAGGUCAAGAGCUUGGCUGUCUGGAGCAGAGUCGUCAAGGAAAAGGUGGCCAGCACAUAUGCCCGCCAACACAAGAAGACGGAGAGACUGCCCACAGCACGUUGAAAAUAAAGAGCAGUUGCAAAUGUCGGACCAAGCCGGCUUGCCAUUGUUGUUGUGUGCGAGGCGGAAGGGUAAGGGGAGUCGACCCUUGAGGGCGGCGAGCGCGGGGCAAGGAUAUCCAUGGCGAUCUCUCAGUGUGUAUGCGUGCUCUAUAUAUGUUGAAGAUAUAGAGACUAAGAGAGCAGUUGAAGGGCCGAAGGGAGAGCGCAAGACGGGAAUAACAGUCGACAAUGGCUACAGCCUCUCACCAGAGGGUCAAAUAGGCUUAUAUGGAUGGGACCGGGCCAUUCUGACGGACUGUUUGACUGACCCCGCCACGAAGGGCCAAGGGCAUGUACAAAAUAAAGGAGCCAACCAGGAGCCCGCAAAUGCGCAUAUGCGAGUCUCGGAGAUCGGAUUGUCUGGGGACGCUGACAGCGGUAGUGUAGAAAAAGACGAUGGAUAUGGAAAAGCUACAUGUCGUCUUGGUGGUGGUUGUAUGGUGGGGUCAAGUACCGCUUGUUGUGUGAGUUCCCUAGGCCAGAUGUUGGUGUUGGCGAAUCAGCAACCCCACGUGGGUGUUGUGGUGCGCCUGUUGGCGGGCACGUCGCAAAAGCCGAAACAGUUGCAGUAUAACUUAGAGCAAUAGUAUGGUAGGGAGUCGUGCUAUUUAAGAUGGGUGGUAUUUCCUAUGUCGCGCUUAUCAAAGGGGAGGGGUCCUCAAAACUGGUGAGUAGACAUUGCAGCCGUGGUUCUUUUAGUCGUCCCCGGCUGCCUCGGCCGAAGGAGCGGUUCGUUACCACCCUUGGCUGGGCUAUAAGCGACUCAAAUGGUACGCUGUGCUAGACGACAACUUAUAGGCUGACCCAAACUGGAAGGCAAAGAAUCACCGCGACGAUAAACAAAGGGGUCUGAGCGUGCAGCCAUGUUUCGAAGCAGCAGAUUUUCGUAGAUUGGGCUGCGGCCCGUUUCUAUCCAUCUGUCGGCGCCCAUGCCACUUUCGAGGUCAAACAUGGAUGGUGGCUGACAGGUUGAUGGUACUUUUGCGAUGAAAGUGAGCCACUUUCGAGUUUGAGCCAUGCAGAACAAUUUCAUUCAUGGCCGGAGAUCCGCGCAACUUCAAACGGUGGCGUCUGGGAGCAAACUUUGGAGAUAGCUGUGAUAUUGGUGACAGUGCAGCCUAUAACAAAGCCUGGAUGCGUUUUGUGGCGCUUCGUCACAUUAACUCCUUCCCAGUUGAGUGCUAGGGCCGGCGCUAUAGGAUAUGCUAAUACGAUGCACACAGUGUGAGUCUACAUCGCUGAACGAGGUGUGUUGGGCUCAAGAAAAACCUACAGAGGCCAAGUUUGCCUUCUUGUCCUUCACUACUGCAGCAUCAGCGUUUGACUUUCGAGGCUAUUACCACCAGAUCUACUUCCAUCAUGCAAGCGUCUAUUAUUACCAUCUGCGCAUUUUUAUCUAUGACCGUGCAUAGCCUGCCAACUUCUUUCCCUGAUAGCGCUGAAGUGUUAGCAAGAAGUCAGGCUCACGUCGACUGUGCCAUUUCAUGCCAGUCUUGAAGAUUCAUGUGUGGUGAAUACUAAGUACUAUAAAAUAUGAAUAUCAAGCGUUAAUGAACCCCAUUUGUAUGUAUUGUUUGUCUUAGCACCGGGAUAGCCAUUGUGCCUGGUUAGAUGGGGGGUAAAGGAUCCUCGCAAGACACAGUACAGUACAGUACGUAAUUGUAAUGCAGACCGUGAGGCUGCAGGGCCUUUUG